AUGGGGGAUGGUCAGAGCACUCAGAGCGCCGGCUCCACCGUUAUCCAUCCCUGUGACCCCAUUUUUAUCCCUUUCCCCAGCCCCACAGCCGCCCCACAUCCCCGCCGGUGCCCCACCACCGCCAUGACCACCCCCACCACCUCCUCCCUGGUCUCGCUCUGCGCCCGCCGCCUGGUCGCCCACCUCCCCAGCGCCCGCCGCUCUCUGCCGCUGCUCCCCGCCGAAUUGUACCCCGCUCUGCUCCAGGCCGCCCUCCUGGACUGCCGCGUUCCCCUCCUGCAGGACCUGGUGAGGUCCUGGCCUUUCCCAAUCCUCUCCCUACGCUGCGACCCCCAUCGCCACCCCGACCAGCUCUGCGUCCAGGCUGUUCUCCUGGCCGUCACCGCGGGGCUGCGGUCCGACGCCGGCCCGCGGCCAUGUCUGCGUGUGUUGGACAUGACCGGCAUCCAGGACGGUGCGGAACACGGUCCGGACAGCGUCACCCUGUGGUCGAGGACAGUACUGCUGGCCAAAGCCUGCCUGGAAGCCUCUCAACGCCGAACCGAACCGCGUGGCACCAAAGAUCAGAAGGGUUCCCCGGUGCCCGCGGUGGAAAUCCGCGUCGACCUCUUUGUCAACAGCACCUCGGGGGCCAUCCUGAGGGCGGCCCUACGGGGCGGAGGGGCCCUACGCCUGCGCUGCCGUGACUUCCACGCCGAGGAGCUUUCCCUAGGAGGCACCUUGGAUCUGUUGGAGGCCUUGGAGCCGCUCGGCUUGCGGCGCGUCGAGCUGCGCUUCAACAACCUGGGGUUGGCCGGGCUGUGCCAGGUGGUGCCGCGUCUCGCUCGCUUCCCACACCUGGCCAGCUUGAGGUUGCCCUACAGCAACGUGGACGUGAGGAGGCCUGGGAUGGAAGAUGGGCUGAAGGAGCUGGCGGAAGCGUUGGGUUCGUUGCACGGGCUGAGGGAGCUCAACCUGGGCUCGUGCCGGCUGGCGGGGCGGCUGGGGCUGCUGCUGGGGUCCCUGCGGCGCCCGCUGGAGAGCCUGGAGCUUCCCUUCUGCCACCUGCAGCCCUGCGACCUCGCCUUCCUGGCCGGCAGCCCUCACGCCCCGGCCCUGAAGAAGCUCGACCUGAGCGGCCACGACCUCUCCUCCUCCCUCCUCCCUCCCUUCCUCCAUCUCCUCCCUGCCGUCUCCUCCUCCCUCCGCCAUUUGGACGCGGCCGAAUGUCACCUCGGCGACCGCCACCUCCCCGUCCUGCUGCCGCCUCUCAGGCUCUGCGUCCGCCUCUCCUACCUCGGCCUCUUUGGCAACCGCUUGUCCUCCGCCGGCCUGAAGGUCCUGCUGGAGGGGACCCGAGCCCUGUCCUCCCUUCGCCUCGUCGUCCACCCCUACCCCACGGAUUGCUGCGACAGCGGCGACGGCGACGUCCGCGAGGGCUGCGUGGCCGCGCUGCGGGAGGAGCUGCAGGGAAUGCUGGGCAGCGCUGGCAGGGAGGACGAGGUGUGGAGCUGCAGCCUGCAGCAUCACGGCGGGUCCGACUUCUUUGCGCUGUGAGGUGCGGUGACAAAGGGACGCAGAGGGACAAAGGGACGGCAGGAAUGGCGGCCAAGGGACGGCGGGACAUGAGGUGACCAAGGGACAGCAGGAGAUGUGGUGACCAAGGGACAGCAGGAGUGGUGAUGAAGGAACAACCAGGACAAAGGGACAGCAGGAGAUGUGGUGACCAAGGGACACCAGGAGUGGUGAUGAAGGAACAAAUGAGAGGAGUGGUGACAAAGGGACACAGAGGGACAAAGGGACGGCAGGAAUGGCGGCCAAGGGACGGCGGGACAUGAGGGGACAAAGGGACACCAGGAGAUGUGAUAAAGGAACAACCAGGACAAAGGGA